CACAAAACAAAAAAGGAAUCAACAUUUCGCGUCAACCGCUUUACUUGGUCGCUCUCGCAAGUGAUCUCCGAACCUCCUUCACGGCAAUUGCACAACUUGAUCUACCAUGUCAGUUCCUUCAGCCUCCCAGACCGUUCGGCGCAUACGCGCCGUAACGAAAAACCCAGCGUGCAUAGUGAAUCUCACUAUUGAUGCCGUGAAUGAGAACGCUAAAUCUGACGGGCGUCUAUCCUUCCUUCUUCCUGACGAAGGUCUAGAAUCACUAUGUUCGGCGCCUCCUCCUCUCGAGCAGGUCACUGUAUGUUCGGACGAUGACCUUUCUUCUGUUUCGUCCGGAUCACUCAAAAACUACGAAUCUAUUCAUUUGCCCUUGGAUCAGCAAGACCGACAACAACAACCACGGUCUAUCUUCAAAAAAUAUUGGGACGAUAAAGGGCUCAUUCCUUUGCCAAUAAGGAGGGUAAGAGUUUCCUCUCCCGGAUCAACGAUGCUUUUUCGAACAGAAACUGCGAUUGAGGAAGACAGUGCUUCUAUCAGAGACUAUAACACGUACGAGCGAACUCUGAAGGCUUACGAAGAAGUACCGAGCAUCCGUCGAUCCGUUGGGCGCAGGUCAAUUUUUGACCAAGGAUGCUACACAGCAUCGCGAUCCACACCUUCGUUUCAUCUGAGACCGAAUCACUCUUACAACAUCCGCAAAGCGAAAUCUACGUCCAUUCUCCAAACCCGUUCUUGUCUACGUCCCUCCCGGUUUUCGUUACAGAAAAGCGGUAGCGACGACAGUCAAUUUCAACGACAACAAGGAGAUAAAGCACGUUCUGUUAGCUUUAGCUCCAGUAUUCGAAUUGCCCUAUUUGAGCCACCGGCCGAACGGUGGGCAGAAAAUGGAUGGUCAAAAUGGUUCGCGUAGAAUCACUACCCUUGAAUGUUUAAGUCACUGGAAUUAUCGAAUCCAUUCUGACCUACAAGAAAUAAAUCUUCUUUUUUUCCUACCAAUCCACAUGCAACCUCAUUUCAGAUCAAUGUUACUCUGAGAAGGAUGGGCGGGGCUUACAUCUCAUAGACUAGCUGUAACAUAAACGAUGCGACUCAUGGGAACUUUACCAGC